AGGCAGAGGUGGCAUCUUUGAAUCGCCGUAUCCAGCUGGUAGAGGAAGAGUUAGACCGAGCGCAGGAGCGCCUUGCCACAGCUCUGCAGAAGCUGGAAGAGGCAGAGAAGGCUGCAGAUGAAAGUGAAAGAGGCAUGAAAGUCAUUGAAAACAGAGCUCUGAAGGAUGAGGAGAAGAUGGAACUGCAGGAGAUCCAGCUUAAGGAAGCCAAGCACAUUGCAGAGGAGGCAGACAGGAAGUAUGAGGAGGUUGCUCGGAAACUGGUGAUCAUAGAAGGAGAUCUGGAGCGCACUGAAGAGAGAGCUGAGCUUGCAGAGUCUAAAUGUUCCGAGCUGGAAGAAGAACUGAAGAAUGUCACCAACAAUCUCAAGUCUCUUGAGGCUCAGGCUGAGAAGUACUCUCAAAAAGAGGACAAAUAUGAAGAAGAGAUCAAGAUCCUGACUGAUAAACUCAAAGAGGCAGAGACGCGUGCUGAAUUUGCUGAACGGUCUGUAGCCAAGCUGGAGAAGACCAUUGAUGAUUUGGAAGAUGAGCUCUAUGCCCAGAAACUGAAGUACAAAGCAAUUAGUGAGGAACUGGACCACGCCCUGAAUGACAUGACUUCCAUAUAAACUGAAAUCCACCAAAGAGGAGCAUCUCUGCACGCAAAGAAUGCUGGACCAGACCCUGCUAGACCUGAACGAGAUGUAACGGAUCCCUGCCACUGCCUCCGCCACACAAUGCCCAGAGGGGCCAGCCCAGCCGCUGCUGACCUCUAACCCUUGGGGACCAGAGUUUACUUUCUGUUGCCAACUUGACGAAACACAAAUCUUCUUCACCUCAGGGUUAAAGGCCAUCAGGUUGGGCAGAGCUUCAAACAGCAUUAUUAAGGGAAAUUAAACAAUGCAAUAAUGUUUGGGGAGCAUGUUUGAGAUGUAUACAUUUUGUAACUACCUUUUUUUGUAGCAACCAUUGUAAACAUUCCAAAUAACUUGUGAGGCUGGUGAGCUACACUUCAAAGCUCUUGGCUUUAAAAUUUGGUAUUAACCUUCUGUUAAUCAGCUCUGGGCCACCCUACUUCAGCAGGGGAGGAAGGAGGGUGUG